AAGGCGGCGCCGCUAAAGUGAAAACUAAUUUCACAAUGUGGCGAACUGUUUCGUUUGUUGACAACAUUGAGCUGGACUUUGCCGGUAAUGUUAUGACAGAGGCUUUGGACUUGGGGGACGUUGACAAUGAUAAGGAAAACGAGCUUGUGGUUGGAAACAUUGAAGGAGAUCUUGCAGUUUUUAAGGGAGACCAUUCACAGCCUUGGAAAAAAGCAAGCAAACUUGGGAUGAUUACUUGUGUCCAGAUAGGUGACAUUUUCAACAUUUACAAGAACUUGUUGGUGUGUCUAAAUGCUGAAGGGUGCUGCUACAUUUUUGCUGUAAAAGGAACUGAAAUUCCACAUUUGGAGGAUUGGAGGAUUGGUGAAGAAAACGAUGUCGCAGCAGAAAGCAAAAUUUUGACACCUGUCUAUACACAAAAUCUUCCAGCAAACUCUAGAGCUAUGUUAAUAAGAGAUACAGAUGGUGAUGGACUGCAAGAAAUGGCAGUUAUCUACUCUGAUAGAGUGGUACGCAGUUUCCGGUGGGUACCCAGUGGUGAGGGGGAUUCCCCCUUUUCUGGACGUCUUCAUCAAGUGGACAAAUGGCAACUCGCUGGCCAGAUAGGAGCAGUGACUGUAAACCAAAGACCAGAUGGGAGUUCAGAACUGAUGGUGUCCCAACCAGGUCGCACCUAUGUUACCCUCCUGCCCCACGGAGUUUGUUCCACCGAAAGUGAUGAGUCCAAGUCACCAUCAUUUGUUUUUCAUCCACUUGGCCACAGCCGUGCACGAAACAAAGAUGUUUCCACAGUUAUUGUUGGUGGCAUUCAAAGGGGAGAAGAGGGGGCAGCAACCUACCAUGCACUUGCUUCCCUUGAUGGUACACUGGUUCUGGUUGAAAAUGACAGGAUCUUAUGGUCACUCCAAGUUGACCACCAGCUGUUUGUCUUGGACAAGCUAGAUGUUACAGGCAAUGGUAAAGAAGAGGUGGUGUGUUGCUCCUGGGAUGGCCAGACAUACAUAGUAAACCAUAGCCGAGAUGUAGUGCGCUACCACUUUAAAGAAAAUGUGGCUGCUUUUGCUGCAGGUUACUACUCUGUGCCAGGCAAGGGUAAUGUUCCAUGCUUCAUAUAUGCAACGUUCAGUGAUCAUAUUUACAUCCAUCAUAAUAUCAGCCUUCCAUGUGUGGAGUCAGCCACUCUUCUGGCUGUCAUGCAGCGCUAUGAGAGUACACCAUCACUUUUGAAAAAUGUUGGCAUUGAUGCCACAAAGCAAGAUACAGUCUGUGCCCUUUACCACUGGCUGCUGUAUGGAUGGCAUCAGAAACCUGAAACUACAAAUGUAUGCUGAAGGAGUUCAGAGUCAAUGACUACAAGAAAAUUUUAUAUUGAAUGUAAAAUAUGUAAAAAUAUAUACAUUUUUCUUCUUUUUGUACCUUCAUUCGUGUCUAAAAUUAUUAUGAACAUUAUAAACAAUAGUCUUU